CGGGCGGCAUGAACUUCAGCAGACAGCGUGAGAAGAAAAAAAGCUCCUUUGACGUCAGCCACGUUAGAUUUCAGUAGUCCAAGAUGGCGGAGGUGAGCGGGUUGAGGAGCCGAAAUCACUUCGAGCCCAACUGCAAAAGCCGAGUCAUUGACGAAGGCUUGAGUGGUGUGGAAGAUGUCCCCAUUUUUCGGCAUAAGCAGAGGCCUCCUUUAGCCAUGUCCGAAGACCUGGAGGAUGAAUUGCUCCCCAGCACUACGGCCUCAAACUCGGGCAAAAAUGCCAGCCUCGCCCCCUCAACAGUUGAAGAGACUCGGAAAGAAGAGGAUGUGGUAGUGGAAGAGAAGGCCAGGCCCAUCCAGAUUGUCCUGGCCAACGAGGAGGAGCACAGCUUUGAGCUGGACGCUGCAGCGCUGGAGAGGAUCCUGCUGCAGGAUCACGUCAAGGACCUGAAUGUGGUGGUCGUGUCCGUGGCCGGGGCCUUCCGCAAGGGCAAGUCCUUCCUGCUGGACUUCAUGCUGCGCUACAUGCACAGCCAGGGCAAGCCGUGGAUGGGAGGGGAUGAUGAGCCCCUGACAGGGUUUACCUGGAGGGGAGGCUGCGAAAGGGAGACCACGGGAAUUCAGAUCUGGAGCGAAGUCUUUGUGGUCGACAAGCCUGAUGGCAGCAAGGUUGCGGUGCUCCUCGUUGACACUCAGGGAGCGUUUGACAGCCAGUCCACCAUAAAGGACUGUGCUACUGUGUUCGCCCUCAGCACAAUGACCAGCUCUGUACAGGUGUACAAUCUGUCCCAGAACAUACAGGAGGAUGACCUGCAGCAUUUGCAGCUCUUCACAGAAUAUGGCCGGCUGGCAAUGGAAGAGAUCUACCUGAAACCUUUCCAGUCCUUGAUGUUUCUGAUUCGGGACUGGAGUUAUCCUUAUGAACACGACUACGGGCUGGAAGGAGGCAACAACUUCCUAAACAAAAGACUACAGGUGAAACAGAACCAACACGAAGAGCUGCAGAAUGUCAGGAAGCACAUCCACUCCUGCUUCUCCAACAUCGGCUGCUUCCUGCUGCCACAUCCAGGCCUCAAGGUGGCCACCAACCCCUACUUUGACGGCAGGCUGAAAGACAUCGAUGAUGAUUUUAAGAGGGCGCUGGCCAAACUGGUGCCUCUCCUCCUGGCCCCAGACCGACUGGUGGAGAAGGAGAUCGGAGGGAACAAAGUCACCUGCAGAGAUCUCCUGGAGUACUUCAAGGCUUACAUAAAGAUCUACCAAGGGGAGGAACUGCCUCACCCAAAGUCCAUGCUGCAGGCGACCGCAGAAGCCAACAACUUGACUGCUGUGGCAGGAGCCAAAGACAUGUACGGCAAGAAAAUGGAGCUGGUCUGCGGUGGGGACAAGCCAUACAUUGCUCCGGCCGACCUGGAGCGCUUCCACGAGGAGUUUCGCGAGCACUCAGUGCAUUACUUCCGCUCCGUGAAGAAAAUGGGCGGCGAGGAGUUCUGCCAGCGCUACCAGAGCCAGCUGGAGUCCGAGCUGGACGAGACCUACACCAACUUCUCCAAGCACAACGACGGCAAAAACAUCUUCUACACGGCACGCACGCCUGCCACGCUUUUCGCAGUCAUGUUUGCCACCUACGUGGUGUCCGGCGUGACGGGCUUCAUCGGGCUGAGCACCUUAGCAGUGCUGUCUAACCUGGUCAUGGGCGUGGCGCUGCUUUCGCUCUGCGCCUGGGCGUAUGUGAAGUAUUCUGGAGAGUUUCGGGAGUUGGGAACGAUGAUAGAUCUGGUGGCCGAGACACUCUGGGAACAGAAGACGGUCAGAAAGGUGUUUUCCAAACUUUUGGAGCCUGUCAGGAGCCGCCUGGCUUGGCCCGUCUCUCUCCUCCCUUCAUUCCCACCAGGAGCGAUGCUGGGACUCCAAGCUCUGUCUCCUCUCAACAACAACAACAACAACUACAAGAAGAUGAACUAGCUACUGGCCAGAUUUACAGACUGUUAAACUUCCUUCUCAUAUCCAAACUUCCUUUGCUGGCUUCUUUUAUUGUUACCGUUGAGUCCAGUGGUGCUGGAUUCUUAUACUUUAACCCCUGGACACCCUCUGAACACUGGCAGGCCAGGCUCAUCUCAGGAUCUCAUGGACGCCUGCCCAAAUGGUUUUGAAGCCACUAAGUGAACAUUAUAUGGAAGACAACGUCAGACAGACGGUGGUAAACUCCCUCAAAGCCAGCUUGACAGAGCAGAGCUCACAGCACACCAAGUUAAAGACUCACUGACGCUCUCCCUCCUCCUCUCCCCCGUCAUGUUCAUCACCCUCCUGCCCACUCGCUCAAUGUGUUCAAUCCUAGAACAGUGAAACUAGUUCAACACCAAAGCUGACCCUCUUUUAUCCCCCUCCAAAUGUCCAUCAUCACAUCACUGCCCCCCCCCCCCCUUUCCACAUUUGCUGUUGCGGACCUGUAGGCUUGCCGUCUGCCCUGCUCUUCGUCGCCCCCUAGUGCCUCAGAGCGGAAACUGCAGCUUCGUGAGAGGACCGAGCAGACGAGCCGGUGGCGAACGCCUCUUGCCAAAACGGGACCUAAAGGACUGUCAUCUUCUCCAGUGUGCCAUGCUGUGAUAGAUGUGUCUUGUGUUGUACACACACACACACACACACACACACACACACACACACACACACACACACACACACACACACACACACACACACACACACACACGCUGGUAGCAGACUGCACUUGCUUCAGGAUUGAGCUGUAAUUCAGGGAAAACUGACACCGCCGUAGGCAACUGUUGUCAACAAUGGAUGCAAACUGAAAACACUUUUCUGUGCAUUAAUCGUUUUGUCUUACAGGCCAGAGCUCAGUUUACUUUCUCUUCAGCCGGUUUAUUAACGUUUCCUACAAGCACAAGUGAUAAUCGACUAAUAAUGAGGUGAUUUGUUGUGCUCGUGUCUUUUGUUAUUUCAGUAAAAUCAGGAAUACGAUGUUAUUGAUUCUACUGAAGUGGGAGUAAAUCGAAAACCCCGUCAUGGACAAGCUGGACAAGCUCUUCUUCUACAAAUCGGAACUGAACUGGAAAUGAAUCCAAACUGUGUUUUUCCUUCUUCUGACACCACUAGUUCACCUGGCUGUCUCCCACUCAUUUAGUUUCUCACACUAAGUUUGGAAGGUGCGUUAACCAGGUGGCAUAUAAUCAAACUCUGGGCUCAGGUUGCUUCUACACAUCUGUACGUCUUUUUGUCUUUCCCUUUUUAAUAUUUUGUGAUUGUAAUCCUGAAGAGAACUGUAGGAAGCCUCGAGCCUCUCAGCUGAUUUUUGACAUGUUUUUAAUUUUAGGACUGACGUGUUUUAUCUGGCCUUUGGCGUCUCGUAGCGGACCUGCCAGUGUUUGGCCCUCUGCAUGCUGUUAAGAGCUACUGCGUUGUAGCAUUAAGCUAGCUAAGAACCUUUUAGAGUCCAGGCGUCUGUAGUCAGGUCGCCGGGGAGGACUGUCUUGUCAUUUUGAACCAUUUUCUCUUCCGCCGCCUUUCAUGAAGGCCACACUACCCCUGGAUGUUUCCCCUCAUAUUUUUAAGUCCUCGAUUCUUUCCUUUCAGAGCCUUCUUUCGCUUUUGGGGAGUUAGAGAUACAGGUUUUUGUUAAGCUUAAACUCCUAUUACACCUUUUAGGAAUAGUUUGACAUUUUGGAAAAUAUGCCUUUCUUGAGUAAGUGUUGGUGGUGCCACUCAUAGAAACGACAGCAGUAUAAAUCUUUAACUCUCAGCAAAACUGUGAAUAAGCAAAUCUCCCCAAACUGUUUCUUUAACUGACCAGAAAUGAUUGUAUCUACUGCCUUUUUGCCCCUCCUCCUCUAGAGUUGGAUACAUCUAAAUCACUGUUGACCAUUUCUCUGUCAGAGCUGGGCCUCCCGAAAGCAGCUUGAUAAAAUGUGGUUACUCCAUAAUAGAGACCUGACGUAAUGUUAUUAAAUCGAUUGAAACCUGACCCCCCCCCCCUUUAUAUUUCUCACAGCUGCUCUUCUGUCUGAGCUCUUUAUUGAUUCCAUCCACAUUUCUCACCUCAAUCGCCAGUCUCGUACUGUACAGCCUCUCUCGCUCUCUCUCUCUCUCUCUGUCUUUCUGUGUUCACAUAUUACAAACCGGGCAUGUAUGUUGGAUUAAAUAUUUAAAUAAACUUUGUAUACAUUUUAUAGUGAAUCAGUUGACAAUGGCUGUUUGUUUUUUGAUCAACUUAACAGUCUGUGGUUUGUUUAAGAAUAAGUUGCUGCUUUAGGGUUUACACUAGUUUAUCUGCUUUUCAUGAGGACGGACGUGAAUAGAAAUGUGUGAAUAUUUGGUUUCUGAUAGGAAAAUCAUUUGAUUGUGACGAGUGGGUUGGAGACUGUCUGCCCUUUAAAGAUAUCUCCGGUAAUUUAUUUUUGAAUAAAAUGUUUACCUUAAGAAUAAAUCCUCAAUUCAAUU